AUGCCAACCUCCAUGCCGCCAGAUCCAGAGGACGUGCUGAGGGCAGAGCAAUCCCUCCUCCUACGUCCUCUGGAUGAACUGCGUACUAGUCUCAAGCAUCAGCAGCGGUUAUCUGAUCGUGAUUUGGAGCAUGCAAAGCAAACUCUCUCUCAUGUCUUGUCGUCAGCUACCACGGAGGAACGAAUGCGUACGCUCCGGGGGGCAGUACAAAAACUGUCGUCAUUACGUUCCAAGCUUGAAGAUGCAAAAAAGAAUGAUGCUCUUCUCUUUGAAGCGUUGCAAGCGCGUUUACAGCAUAUGCAGGCCUUGUACCAUAUGGACCCUGCUUCCUCUGAUUUCUCCCACUGGUGUGAUACACGAUUAGAUCGACUUCUUGUCGAUCACAUGCUACGGCAAGGGUAUAUGCAUACGGCAAAAGCACUCGCACAGCGCCAGCAUAUUGAGUCUCUGGUAGACCUGCCUGCUUUUGAACAGAUCCAUCAAAUCGAAAUGUCUCUUUUGGGUGAUGAGGCAAAGGGCCAGAAACCUUCAGCUGCAUUGCGCAAAAUGGGCUCCACGCUGGAGCAGGAGCUUCGAAUCCAGGAGUUUAUUGAAUAUAUUCAGGCGGGAACCCCUUCGUCUCGUAUCCAGGCAAUUCAAUAUGCUCGAAAGUACCUUGCAGCCCAUCUUCCAGCAUCGACUAGCCCUAGUGGCUCUUCGACGCUGCUUCGUGCCAUGGGCCUUCUUGCCUGUGGCCCACGACGGCCAUGUUACCAGGAUCUUCUUAGCUUUGACCGAUGGGAGGCAUUACGUCGCCAAUUCCGGACUACGAGUCUGGCAUUGCACAAUAUUCCUACUAUACCUCUAUUCCACUUUGGGCCUGGCAUUCGAGCCAAGUUGAAUACGGUACUACCUGCUUUGCUAAAUACAAUCUCUUUGGACGAGCACCGAACAGUGCUUAUAGCGGAGUAUGGCUGUAUGAGCUCUCGCGCUAUGAGUCUUGUCCGAUCGAUUAUUGAAACUUUUAUGGAUCGGAUCAUGGCACGUAUUGCGUCAUCGCCCAAUUCUUCUUCUGCCAUGGCUUAUCGAGCGUCCAUGGCUGGCUUUGCCCGCGAGACAGCAGACCUUGUGAAUUUUGUCGUUAUUCAUGAGGAUGAUACGAACCAUGACUUCAAGCCCUUCCGAUUCGCUUUAGAGUCGCAUCCCGAUUCGUAUUUGAACCCGUUAUGGCAGUCUUCGUUCGUUCCGUCCCUGCAAAAUGUGAUUUAUUCCACCUUUUCCGCUCGCCCCUUUGGCUCGCGCGUGGUGCCACCUGACUCCUUGCACUUGGGCUUCAAUCUCAUGGACCUUCACUGGAUCCAUACUCCGAACACCAAUGUAUCGUUGCCGUCCGUGGCCCAUGCUGAGUUAACCAUGUGCCUGAAUGCUCGUGCGCGUGAAUUCCGGCGCGGCGGCAUUUUCAUCAUGGCUUUCAUUGCUCGUUCCGAAUCUGGUUCGCCUGCGCCUACAGAAACCGAUAAUCUUUCUACGUCGACACCGUCCAGGAGUAAGAGUGGGUCACUGCUUUUUGCAGAACAGUCGAAGCGUUUUUCGACGGCCUCUAUUUCUGAGCAAGAUGCCCAAUCCACGACCACGCCACCAGUGCCACCCAGUACCAAUGACAAAGAUAUUUGGCUUGCUAUGUCCAAUAUGAUUAUGCCAUGCUUGCAACGAUUGGUCUCUUGCGGAAUGAUGAAAGUGGAUGUGGCACGACUCAUGUUAUCUCUUCCCAUUCAUCCACGUACACCUGCGCAAACCUUACGUGUGCUUGAGAAAUUCAGCGAUGUAUGGUCGGUAGAGUGGAGCUGUGGUAUUGGAUGCAACAAGACAAAAGAGUAUGUAACAGAAACGGGUGAGACCAUCACCUUGACGAGCGAGCCAGAUAUGCUGCGAUUACCACAGCCUGCAUGGGUGGCGGUUCAGUCUGGCAAAUUGUCCCAGGAUGCAUAUUAUGAACACAUUAUUGCAAUGUUUAAAAACUUAUACGAAGCCCAUUUCCGCACGGUUCUCCGUGAACGGGGUAAGCUGAACAAAGGCGCUGUGGAGUUCAUUCUUGAUUCGCUAUGGGAUGUCCUGCGGUCACGUAUGGGCGACUCAGCCACCUGCCCCUUGGCUGACUGUGAAUUGGAAAUUCAAAUCUUGGCUUUACGACGGCUGUGA